CUGGAAAACAAAGUGACGGCAGGCUAUGUUUGUUGUCAUUACUGUUUUUGUUGUGAAGAGCAAACGCGAGGAUCAUCUUCGCUUGGAUGGACCUAUGGUGAACAUUAUAGAGAGGUGAAAUGUGAGACACGAUGGCUGAUUUUGAAACGUAUCAGGAGUAUCAGCGGAUAGAAGAGUAUGAUGAAGACUCUCCGCCGGGAGAGGAAGAUUUACUCAUCCACGUGCCAGAGGGCAGAGGAGACCCAUGGCAUCAUAUCAAGAAUCUUGACAACUUCUUCACAAGAAUCUAUCAUUUCCAUCAGAAGAAUGGAUUCGCCUGCAUGGUGUUAUCAGAGUUUUUUGAACUUGUGCAGUUCCUGUUUGUGGUCACGUUUACGACAUUCCUCUUCAACUGCGUGGAAUACGAUGUUCUCUUUGCCAACCGAGCUGUCAAUCAUACGGGACAGAGCGUCGGUCCUAUGGACAGGAACAAGGUUACCCUUCCCGAUGCUAUUUUGCCCAGCGAGCAGUGCACAGAGAGGAUUCAAGGCAACAGCUGGAUAAUCUUUCUCUUGAUAAUGGCGGCCAUUUUUUGGGUCUACCGGCUCGUGAAGGUGAUCUGCAAUGUCCUCAGCUACUGGGAGAUCCGGCAGUUUUAUAUCAAAGCACUGAAAAUACGCAUGGAUGAAUUGUGCAACUUCUCAUGGCAAGAAGUUCAAGGUCGCUUGAUUCACCUGCAGCGUGAGCAUCCCAUGUGUGUCCAGAAGAGGGAACUCUCCGAACUGGACAUCUACCAUCGCAUCCUCCGCUUCAAAAACUACACCGUGGCAAUGGUCAACAAGUCCCUGCUGCCCGUCAAACUAAACAUGCCCUUUAUGGGCGAAAUGAUUUUCCUCACGCAGGGCCUAAAAUACAACUUCGAGCUCAUAUUAUUUUGGGGACCUCUGUCGCUUUUCCAGAACAAAUGGAGUUUACAUCCCAAGUACAAACGGGCGGCUAACCGUCAGGAUCUGGCCAAACAGCUCAGUCGUGUCAUACUUUUAACAGGCCUCGUCAAUCUCCUGUUAUGCCCGUUCGUGCUUGUGUGGCAGGUGUUGUAUGCGUUUUUCAGCUACGCCGAAGUCAUCAAACGGGAACCGGGCAGUUUGGGGGCACGGCGCUGGUCGCUGUACGGCCGCCUCUACCUGCGACAUUUCAACGAGCUCGAUCACGAGCUGCAUGGCAGGAUGGGUCGGGGCUACAAACCGGCCGCCAAGUACAUGAAUGCCUUCGUUUCUCCUUUGAUGGCGGUGCUGGCGAAAAACGUGGCUUUCUUCUCCGGUUCGGUGCUAGCCGUGCUCAUCGCUCUGACUGUGUACGACGAGGACGUGCUGACUGUGCAACACAUUCUGACAGCCAUCACUGUUCUGGGAGUGAUCAUCACCGUCACCAGGUCAUUUAUUCCAGAUGAACAUAUGGUGUGGUGUCCCGAGCAGCUGCUCCAGUGUGUUCUGGCUCACAUUCACUACAUGCCCGACCACUGGAAGGGUCAGGCCAACAAGAGCGAGACCCGUGAUGAGAUGGCACAGCUUUUCCAGUACAAAGCGGUCUUUAUCUUGGAAGAGCUCCUGAGUCCUAUAAUUACCCCCUUCAUCCUCAUCUUCCCCCUACGGAGCAAGUCUCUCGAAAUCAUCGAUUUCUUUCGUAACUUCACCGUAGAUGUGGCAGGGGUGGGAGACAUAUGCUCAUUCGCACAGAUGGACAUCAGGCGCCAUGGCAACCCACAGUGGAUGUCUGAAGGUCAGACGGAGGCGUCCGUGUAUCAGCAGGCUGAGAACGGCAAGACUGAACUUUCACUGAUGCACUUUACCAUCAAAAAUCCUCGCUGGCAGCCGCCACAGGAGAGCUCGGUGUUCAUCAGUCAUCUGAAGGAGAAGGUUCAACACGAUGCUCAGACAGGACCGUCUCCUCAACUUCUCCUGUCUGAAGCUCCUCUUUGUACCUCGCUGCUCUCCAACGAAUCCGCCACUGGCCCUGAUAACCUGUUAGCCAGCGUCUUGGCUCACCCUGUGCUCACCGCGUCCGGGCUGCCCGCAUGGAACCGGCAUUGUAUCCCGCAGAACAGCGCGGCCUCGGCUGCCGCCAGCGUCCUGGCAUCCCUCUCCACAUCCCAGCAGCCUCACGCCGGACGUCCUCGCUCGCACGCUCACCUGCCAUCCAGACCGCCCCAUGACAGCCCGAUGUACAACAGCGACCACACGCUGGGCGACAGCAUGUCUGCAAGUGAAUCCAAGAUCCUCAGCCAAUCGUCUUCAGCCCUGGCAUCUGAGUUUGCAUCGGCAGAGAUGAGCCUCCAUGCUAUAUACAUGCACGAGGUACAUCAGCAAAAGACCCAGCAUGCACCUGGAUCGUAUGCGCACCAGGAGUCUGUGCCAAUGAGGGAAAUGAGUACCAACAGCGAUCCACAGCUCCAGUCAAUCAGCGUGGUGUCUCCCUGUCCUCGCCGCUUGGGUGGCUGGGCUGAAGAGGAAGAAGAGGUGGAUGAAGAAGAGAUCAACACCAGCCCUGUGCCGGAUCAAACCAGCAGAGGGAGCAGCUGAAGUGCCUUCAAACCUGUGCGUUGUUGCAUUUGUUUGUGGGAGGAAUGUUGUGGCCUUACUUUGGUUUAAAAUCUUCUGAACAAGCAUGCUGGACAUCACGAGAGCAUGCAAAUAAAAACGGCCCUUCAGAAGAUCUCGGUUCUCCGUUCGUCCUGCACAGAGGAACAGUGUGUCGUACAGUAACGUCUCUACAGUAUGUCUGCCACUACCCCUUCCUCUUUUCACAUCUAAAUCUAUUUAAAUAUAAGACUGCCGUGUGUGUGCUGGAGUGUAUGUUAGUUUUCAGACCAGAGAUGUUGCUUUUUGUUUGUGCUAUGACAUGAACUGAUGUCAAGCAGACAGAUGACAUUGUUUUUACAGUAUUUAUUUCGAUUUCAUUCACGCAAAGUUUGUUUCAUGUGGUUUAGAGCAAACUCAUUUCUCGCUUCUCUGAUUUAGAUGACGUUUUACAGCCAGGCAGUAUUUAUAUUUCAAGCAAUGCCAUUGCAGGGUUACGAAUUUUUACAGCUGUAUCAUCAGCGAACGCAGAAACAUAUUAGUGAAUGUAAAAUCUUGCCAGUUGCCUCUUCAUAAAAACAUUAUUUAAAGCUUUUUCCCUUAAAAGAUGUAAUAUAUUAAAUAAAAAAAAUUAUGCAUUAAAAUUUUAUUUAAUAGAACACGCAGUUUGCUAACAUUUUUAAUUAUCUUAAGGACAAACCUGUAAAAAAAUAACAAAGCCUAAACGUAGCAAUUGAUGAUUGAAGGGCAGACUCACAGUUUUUAAAUCAUUAAAUAAUAAAAAAUAUAUUUGUUGCGCUGUCUAAAAAGUAGGUCGGUCAUUAAUUCAAUUCCACUGGCAAUUAUGCAAACUACUUUAGUUUAAAUCAUCUGAUGAUCAUAUUACUGCAGUAAUGCUAUUUGCGAAAAAGAAUGAUUAUUACGACAUGCUCGAGUUAAUAUGGAAACAAUGUUUUUUUUUAAAGUAAUCAAAGCCAGUAAUCAAAUUUUUUUUGACUACUUGCAUUUCGUACUCUUUUCGUACUACUUCCACCCAGUGUGCCGAUGCACCUUAUGUAACCACUCAACAUGUUCAAAACAAUCACUGUUUAAGAUUAAAAUGCCUGUUUUAAAGUGUAAACCGUAUCACGUGUGGUUGGUUAGUCCCCACAAGAAUGAAAUACUAAAUGUCAUACUAAACCUGUUUUUUAAAUAUAUAAAAAAUACUGAGCUGUUAUACUACAUCCCAGAGGUCAUCAGUUAAACAGUUAAUGUACAAAUCAAAACUUUUGGGUAUAAUUUCUGUGUGGUGCCUCCAGAUGAGUUUUAACCUAAAAAUCAGUUGUUAUCUUGAACAAAUAUCAUGCUGUUAGAUUUUAUUAAUAAUUAAGUCUAAUCUCUACAUCAAGGGCUUUUUGAUAGUCUCCACAUGGUGUAUGGUGCGUCUGUCUCCAUGUUUGUGAACGUUAAACACUAGAAACUUUUAGAAGUCACCUACUUGAAAUAAAGUAGAGUAUUUGGCAGACUUGGAAUGAGUAUCUUGACGUUUAAUCUUUGUUGAGUUUAGUUUUAUAAUAUUAAGUUAACAAGGGUAACAGCAUCAAUGUCAUACCCAGACCAGAUUACCUCCUAAUGUACUUUAAGGGGUGGUUUCCCGGACCCGGUUUAGAUUAACUCUAGGACAUUUCGGUCGUUUUUACAAGCAAACCUUACAAAAAAAAAACAUUAAAGGUGUGCAUGUUGAGACAAAACAACAGCACUGAUAUAUGUUAAGAUAUGUCAAUGCAAAGUGUUUUUGGCGGCUCAAACAUGCAUUUUAAUCUGGGACCUUGUCCGGGAAACUUCCCCUAAGACCGUUAUAUGUACAGUAUUUAUUUGUGCUGGUGUGACAUUGUUAUAGCAGGUGGGCAAGUGAAUGAUCAAGAUCUGGAUGAUGGCAAGCUAUAAAAUAUUGUGGGAUUAAAGGGUUAAUGCAUACAGUGUGAACAAAGUAAUGCUUUAAAGCUCUGUUAUCUUAAUGUUUAUUUAACAGUCUGAGGUUCGACUGUGCCAGGUGCUAUAUAUAUAUAUUUAAUUUGUUUCAAUUAUUUAUCUGUUUUUUGUUUUUUUUGUUUUGGAUUUGGACUAUGUCUGAUUGAAAUAACACUAUCUGAAAAUAAAACCAUAUCAAAAAAUGU